AUGCAAGUCAAUCAGAAAACUGUAAGAGAAGACUUUAAUCACAACGUUGUACAAAAACUGGAACGGAAUUCCGCCUCUAGACGACUUUAUCCCGAGCUAAAGUCCUGUCUGACGGAACGGUUUGGCUACUAUUUUUGGAAGCAGUGUCCAACUUUUAAUAUUGAGGACCACAUAAACUACUUAGAUUGUCCAGAAAUUCAGAAGUUUGACGAUGCCCCAGAUCUGAACAAACUCACCAACUAUUUACUCCGUGGGAGGAGGUGGACAGAGGGCAAACCGUUGUGGGAGGUGCUCCUCUUACAAGAUAAGGAUGGCAAAAGCCUCAUCAUUUUCAGAAUGCACCACGUAAUCGGAGAUGGAUGGAGCGUUCUGAAAAUUUGGGAAAAAGUAUUCACCACACGAGAUGUUCGUCCAGGUUUACAAGGAGCACCGGUCCAAACCCUGAGAGAGGAAGGAAACCUGUCAAAACAAAUGUUUUCUGGAAUUAAGACGCCGCACCAGCUGGUAAAAUUAUUCCGGUCCCUGAGCAAGAAUCGCGGUAAAAUUCCGAAAACCGCUCAAAUAGCUCCAUCUGCCGAGGGCAUUUGCGCAGCAUCGAGGGAAGGCCUCCCAAUGAUUGAGAUGAAAGCGAUACGAGCUAAAUUCGGUGUUCAUUUUUUUCCCGUGUUACUCGCCGGUCUGGCAGGUGCAGUUCGACAGAACUUUGUCGCCCACAAGGUGAAUAUACCUGAGAGCAUCCCCGUGUUAAGUGUAAUUCCAAGACCUUGUCAUCCUGAAAAAAGUCGGAAUCAUGGAACAGUGUGCAUAAUUCUUCUCCCGACUGGAGAUCCAGUCCAACGUUUGAUGAUGAUUUCUGAAAGCGUAAAGACCUACACGAAGUCCAGUCUGCCGGAUUUCCUCUAUUGGAUUGGUAUGUUCGCCGGCUGUUUGCCGCUACCUUUGGUUCGGGUGAUGAAUAAAAAGCCAACAAAUGUGAUUCCACUCGUCCUCACGAAUGUCGUGGGACCACCGAACCGAUGUUGGGUGGCGGGGAGUGAAAUUGAAAGGAUACAAAUGGGACAAAAUAUUCUGUUCGAAUCUUCGUCAGGAUUUUCGUUUGGCGUUGCUUUCUUGAGUUAUGAAAGUGAAACGACCCUUGGAACGAUUGGACUGGAUGUAAACUUUCCAUCGCUGACCAUUCCACAUGCCAUUUUGGACCAUUGUACUGCCGAGUGGAAAGGUUUACUGGAUACGACAUUCGCCAUUACGAAAAAUGACGACGUUACAUCUCAAUCUAUCACAGUUUAA